GUAGCUUGACUCUGUGUAGCAGCUGGAGGAUCCUCCUCUCUCUCCUCUCCUCUCUCUGGUGGUGUUUUGGUGUUCUGGUCCGGUCGAGCCCACUUCACCAAGAUGACAGCGAGGAAGUCCGGCUCUCGACUGGAGACCGAGAUAGAGCGGUGCCGCUCAGAGAGUCAGUGGGACAAGAUACCGGAGUUAGUGCGACAGCUCUCAGCCAAACUCAUAUCAAACGAUGACCUAGGGGAGUUGCUGCUGGGGGAAUGCAAGCUUCAAACGUACCUGAAGGAGAACCCCAUCAAACAGGGAGCCAGUCCCAGGGGCCAACGUCCUAAACUGGUGGAGGUCAGGAAACACCUCACUGCUGCUCUGGACAGAGGAAACCUCAAGGCCGAUUACCUCCAGGAAGCCAGCAUUUUGAUGGCCAAACUGUGCUAUGUGGAGGGAGAAUACAGAGACGCUUUAGGUCACUACAGCAGGGUGAACAUGGAUGACAUGCAGCUGGGGGGAGCUCCUGUGUAUAGGCUGUCCAUGAUAGCAGAGGCAUACGCUACUAAAGGACUGUGCCUAGAGAAGGUCCCGGCUGCCUCUCCGUCUCUACCCAAUAAGAACACUGGGUCUCCAUCGUCCAAUAGGAGCACAACAGACCGGGAGCAGGAUAUCAUCACCUGCUAUGAAAAGUCUGGAGACAUUGCUCUGCUCUACCUGCAGGAGGCUGAGAAGGCGUUGUCAGCAGGAAUUCAGAAUCGCAGCCCAAAGCCCGGCCCGACUGCCCAGGACCUGGAACUGGGCUAUUUCCUGGAGACGGGCCUGCAGAGAGCCCACGUCAUCCACUUCAAGAACGGCAACCUGACACGAGGCGUGGGCCGGUUUCGGGAGAUUCUUCGGGCUGUUGAGAACAGAACCACCCAGAGCCUCCGCAUGACCAUAGCCAGACAGCUUGCAGAGAUCUUGCUCAGGGGAAUGUGCGAACAGAGUUACUGGUCUCCUCUGGAAGACCCGCCCACCGUGUCGCCAUUGGACGAUCCCACACGGCAGGGACACACUCACAGCAAGAACUACAGCCUAAGCCGACGCCCACGGGUGUACUCGGGAGAGAAUCUGUUUUGCCCUCAGGAGAACACAGAAGAAGCUUUGCUGCUGCUACUCAUCAGUGAGUCCAUGGCUAACCGUGACGCUGUCCUGAGCAGAAUUCCCGAACACAACAAUGAUCGUAUCAUCAGCCUGCAGUCUGCCUCUGUGGUGUACGACCUGCUGACUAUAGCUCUGGGCAGGAGGGGGCAGUAUGAGAUGCUGUCAGAGUGUUUGGAGAGAGCCAUGAAGUUUGCCUUUGAGGAGUUCCACUUGUGGUACCAGCUCGCCCUGUCGCUAAUGGCUGCUGGGAAAUCAGCUCGUGCCGUUAAGGUCCUUAAGGAGUGUAUUCGUCUGAAACCUGACGACCCUACCAUCCCACUGCUGGCUGUCAAGCUGUGUAUCGGACCUCUGCACUGGUUGGAUGAGGGGGAGUGCUUUGCAAAGAUGGUGAUUGACAUGGGGGAGAAAGCAGCUGAGUUCAGAGCCAAAGGCUACUUGGCCAUCGGGCUGGUUUACAGCCUCAAAGCCACUGACGCAUCAUUGCGAAGCUCACAGGAGGAGUACCAGAGGAAAGCUUUGGGAGCCUUCCAGAGAUCUCAGAGUUUGUCUCCGACUGACCAUCUAGCAGCCUUCUACUUGGCACUGCAGCUUGCUGUGUCCAGACAGAUCCCCGAGGCACUAGGCUACGUACGACAGGCGCUGCAGCUUCAAGGGGAUGAUGUCCACUCCCUUCAUCUGCUGGCCCUGCUGCUCUCUGCUCAGAAACACUACCACGACGCUCUCAACAUUAUAGAGAUGGCUCUGUCCGAGUACCCUGAGAACUUCAAUCUGCUAUAUACCAAGGUGAAGUUGGAGUCCAUGUGUAGAGGACCGGAGGAAGCUCUGCUCACCUGUAAACACAUGCUGCAGAUCUGGAAGAGCUUUUACAACCUUACCAACCCCAGUGAUUCCGGGCGUGGCAGCAGUCUAUUGGACAGAGCCAUAGCAGACAGACGACAGCUCAACGCCAUGACUUUGCCCGACUUCAGUGACCCAGAGACCGUCUCAGGUUCUUCCUCCUCUCACUCUGGUUCAGAACCAGUCUCCCCCACCUCCCGAUCCACCAUUUCCACCUUCUCCUCCCCACUGUCCUCCCCUUCUUCCCCUUCUUCUCCUGUCUUCAUCCUCCAGCCUCCUCCUCUCCCUCGAGCCAAAAACCCAUCCUUCCUCCCUCCUGGCCCUCCUCCUCCUCCUCCUCCUCGUCCUCCUCAACAUCCUCCUCCUCCUCCUCCUCCUCCUCCUCCUCCUCGUCGUGCGUCCACCAAGAGCAGGACUCACUCCUUUUGCAACCACGGCACUCUCCGCCAGCUCUCCAAUAGCUCGGUUCACGCUACGUCUAUAGCAGCCAGUCGUGUAGAGCAGGCUCUGUCUGAGGUAGCCUCCUCUCUGCAGAGCAGCGCCCCCAAACAUGGACCCCUGCACCCCUGGAUGACCCUGGCUCAGAUCUGGCUGCAUGCAGCUGAGGUGUACACCGGCAUGUCGAAGCCCGCAGAGGCCACGGCCUGCACACAGGAAGCCUCCAAUCUCUUCCCCACAUCCCAUAAUGUGCUGUACAUGAGGGGGCAGAUCGCUGAACUUAGGGGCAACAUAGACGAGGCCAAACGCUGGUAUGAAGAAGCCCUGUCCAUCAACCCGACGCACGUCAAGACCAUGCAGAGACUGGGUGUGAUUCUCCACCAGCUGCAGCGCUACAGCCUGUCGGAAAAAGUCCUGAGGGAUGCUGUGCAGGUCAACAGUACGGCUCAUGAUGUGUGGAACAGCCUCGGCGAGGUGUUGCAGGCUCAGGGAAACGCCGCCGCUGCCACCGAGUGUUUCCUCACCGCCUUGGAGCUGGAGGCCAGCAGCCCCAUCCUGCCCUUCACCAUCAUACCCAGAGCACUAUGAAACACACACCCUCACAUGUAUAGCCUCAGUACUGUAACACAGUGGCACAAAUGAUGGACCUGCAAGCUGCACACACCCCAUACACACGCGCACACACACACACACACACACACACAGCAUGCCUGCAUGCCACCUACACACACUUGCACAAGGUUUUACUGCCGUACCCUUACUGUAAAUACACACAAACACACUGUAUAGAAAUGCAAAUAGUACACAUAAACAUACUGUACACGCUUCCCUCUGCCCACCCACCCUUCCCACAAUGCCUUGCUGUGGCUGUGACCCCUGACUGUGUGUGAUGUGUGUGUGUUUCUGUGUGUGUGAAGGCAUACACUGCUUGUGUGCCUGUUUGUGUCUGUGCAUGUACACUCGUGUCUGUGUAUGUGUGCCAAACAUGUUGCCUGUGCAUAUUUGUGUCUGACUGUAGUGUUGUCCCGUUCAAAGACGUAAAUAACAUUACAUUUGAGUUGCUAGCAUUCAGAAGCCUACGAGUUUACAUUUUGUUUACAUAUUAUUUAGUUCAUUAAUGUUUCCUUUAUAAGCCAAAUAUUAUCUCAACACACACACAGACACACACACACACACACACACGUUCACUUGCUGUACAUACGGAGAGGAGCAGGGUUACUGUAUGGCUGGCUCAGGACAGCCAGAUCUUUGAAAAUCUAAUAGAGCAUUGACAGACAUGAUCAACAGAUAACUGAAGAAUCAAUCAAUCAGUAAAGUCUAAAUGCCAAAACACAGGCUGCAUUUACACACACAGGAGAUCAGAUUUCAGAAACUGCUGAUGUCCAAGGGACGGAUGUCGGUUCUUUAAAUUAAAGCACAUUUCUUCUCGUUUA